ACCUGCUGCAAGAUGUCUGCAUUAGCUGUAGCUAGACAACGUUUCCUGAAUAAGUUUGCCAUUGUUACAGGUGGUGCCUCUGGUAUUGGUAAAGCAACAGUGGAGCGGCUGGUUGAGGAAGGAGCUACGGUCGGAGUGUUUGACAUCAAUAAAGAGGCGGGGGAAGCUCUUGCUAACACCAGUCCUAAUAUUCAUUAUUAUUCAGUUGAUGUCUCUGAAAGUGAAGCCUGCAUUCAAGGAGUGUCCUCUUUCAUCGAAAAGAAUAACAACAAUCCACUUAACUAUCUUGUCAAUGGUGCAGUGUAUUUCGGGUCCAAAGGACUAGAAGCCAAGAGACAAGACUGGGACAAGAGUUUUGCAGUAAAUGUCAUUGGAUAUGCUAACAUGCUCCAGGCAGUCUAUCCUCACAUGAUUAGGAUUCCAGGGCCUCAUGGUAAAGCUGUCGUCAACAUUGCAAGUAUUUCAGCACAUCGGGUCCAGCCCACCAGGUGGACUUAUGCAGCUACUAAAGGAGCCAUCACUCAAAUGACGAGGUGCAUGGCACUUGACAUCUCUAAAGAAAACGUGAGAGUGAAUUCAGUGAGUCCUGCAUGGGUGUGGUCUCCUGAGGUCUCUAAAGCUGCCGGAGGCGACCGAGAAAAGUGGGAGAAAAUUUGGGGCCCAUACCACAUGCCACGGAGGUUUGCAGAGACAAGUGAGAUUGCAUCUGCUAUUUGUUUCUUACUUUCCGAUGAUGCGUCUUACGUGACAGCAACAGAUCUUCCAGUGGAAGGAGGAUAUAUGAGCAUGGGACCCGAGGGACUAGGAGAAGACUCUUCAUUUGCUGGAACUGACUAUUGAAAGUUCUUGGAUUAUAAUGCUACUAUAAAGUGUAUUGAAUAACUAGACUAUUGUGAUCAUAAAUUGUAAUAGAUUGCUACAUCUAGUGAUUAUAAAUGAUGAUAUGGUUCAAUUGA